GCACAAGUUCAUUUGUUAGGCUUUAUCUGCCUUUCCGUUGCCCAAUGUGUCUAUUUAACCCGCAUUACCUCAUUUGCGCUUCUGUCUUCUUACAGCAUUUUUUCAGCACUCUACCGUCUAGCGCUUUUUGCAUUUUAUCACCUGCGCCGGCACAGAAUGCACUUGCCUUUUCCGUCCGGAUUCGAUUCUACUCGCCACAGCGAAAAACCUUUGAACUGAUGAAAAUUUCAGCUGCUCAAUAGGCGUGAGGCUCGAGUUGACGCUGCUUUGCUUCUGUCCGUGGUGCUGAAAUGCGCGCGCCCUCUAAGUAGGCUACCUUAUGGUUUUACACUAACGCUGUUACUUCAGAACAGCUUUUUGAAAAAAAUUAAUAAAUAAUUCAAAGUUACCAUCGAUGCGUCUCGCGUCUUCGAGAAAUACCGGGACUCCAAAAAAUAAUAGUAAUACUAAUAAUGAAUUAAAUUUGCCAGCCGAGAGUAUAUUUAGGCUGGAUCGAUUUUUUUUUUUGAGGAGUGAGGAGCUAAAAAAUAACAAAAAAAAAAAAAAAAAAACUUUUUUUUUUUUUUUUUUUGGAGGCAUGGUCUGUGUGUAGCCUACUUCAUAUAGAACCUCCUCAAGAAUCAUCAUUUUCCUUUUUCAACUUAAACUAAAAGUCCUCAAGGAAGAAGGAAGUUUUUUUUUGUUUGUUUGUUUUUUGUUUUGUUUUUUCAGACGGGAUGAAUAUUUCUCAUUACCGAUUCUGCUUUGGAUUUUCCUUCUGGAUAGAUCUCUAUUAAAUCGAGCACCAUUCACGCAGAACUUGACUGAAUACAGAUGAUAAUCUGAACAGAGGCUUCGCGCAAGCAGCAGUGUGGAGAUGGAAGCGUCCACCAACGGCUCCAGUUUUGGAAUCGACUCCUUGCUCUCCCACAGGCCCGGAAGCCCAGUCAUCGCGAAGGGGGACAGUUUGGUAGGAGAAUGCCGGUCCCCGCUGGAGUUCAGCCCCAGGUCAGACUUAGAGAGCGGUUGUUCUUCUCCUCCGUCCCCGCGGCGGGAGUGCGGUGAGGAUGCUGCGCAGAGACAGGGUCACCCGCUCGGGCUCGCGUCCCAUUUGCAGCACGGGCCGAUCUCCGCCGGAUCGCAACCUCGGACUGUCACUUCAUCCUUCUUAAUAAGAGACAUUCUGGCUGACUGUAAACCCUUGGCGGCGUGUGCUCCAUAUUCCAGUAACGGCCAGCCGACUCAGGAGACAGGGAGACUGGCAUCAAAAAUCGCAGACGACUUCAUUGAAAAGAUCCACAGUAACUCAUCGUCAGACAGUGAAUACAAAGUGAAAGAGGAAGGCGACAGGGAGAUCUCGAGCAGCAGAGACAGCCCGCAGGUUCGCCUGAAGAAGCCACGGAAAGCGCGGACCGCCUUCACUGACCAUCAGCUCGCCCAGCUGGAGCGCAGUUUUGAGCGUCAGAAGUACCUGAGUGUGCAGGACAGGAUGGAGCUGGCUGCAUCUCUAAACCUGACCGACACGCAGGUCAAAACCUGGUACCAGAACAGGAGGACGAAGUGGAAGAGACAAACGGCGGUCGGACUGGAAUUGUUAGCGGAGGCUGGAAAUUAUUCUGCGCUGCAAAGGAUGUUCCCUUCGCCGUAUUUCUACCCUCAAAGCCUGGUGUCGAAUCUGGACCCUGGAGCAGCGCUCUACUUAUACAGGGGACCUUCGGCGCCCCCGCCGGCGCUGCAGCGUCCUCUCGUUCCCCGGAUUCUUCUGCACGGUCUCCAGGGCGCCAACGAGCCGCCGCCGCAUCUACCCCCCCUCUCCGGUGUGUUACCCAGACCGACGCCACCUCGCUGGUCACCGGGCAGUGCUGACUGCGGCUCGGAUCAGCAAGGGGACAUCUGGUCAGCGGCAUGACGGGACCCCCCUUCAUCCCCCUUCCAUGGGCCUAAGACUGACUUUAACCCAACCAUGAGACUGUCCCAUAAAGCUAAGGGUUUAGGGACUGCUCUGACAGGGCAACUGAAUGGGAUAUUAACGAGCAGACAAAAGACUUUAAUAGCUUUUAAUUGAACGUCGAUAACGUGUGAUCGGUCGAGCUCCUGCUGCAAACUUUCGCAUAGCACAUGUCAUCCUGCGUCUCAUCAUUGGGCUCCUGCCCAUGAAUCACUAAGUAGAGAGCGAGACAACAUUUUAAGAACGUUUCAUAAAUUUAUGGCUUGUUUUUGAGGUGGGGAAAUAUGCAACAAUACAAUUUCAAAGUACUUAAUUUGCAUGCUUGUUUUGCACACAUUUGCUAAAGCAUAAACAUUUAAAAUAAAAACUAUAAUAAUAAAAAGGAAAUAAUGCUAAUAAGUUACGAAAUACACCAGAAUCAACUGUUCACCAAGACAUUAAGAGCAAUUUAAGAAAUGCUCGUUUUUGUUUUGAACAGAUGCGCACGGGGAAAAAAAAGUGACAUAUCAAUUCAGAUCAAACAUUUAAAUUAUAACAUGGAUCUGCACAUGAUCCAAAGGAGGCUGAAGACCCCCCUCAAUAUUUAUGAAAAGGGUUAUUCUUGCGAAGUGCGCAGCUGAUUGCAAGAAAAGCUCGUCCGUCUUGUUAAUAGGCGCAGAGAUUUUUGCAUGUGAAAGGAUAGUUGUAAAUCCCUCGGCUCUUACCGAGGAUUGUCCCCGGCUCAGGGUUAAUGAAGUGCGGAUAGAGUCUCGCUGAUCUCCCGACAAACAAAAACACAACACGGAGAGCUUAGAGCCGCAGGAUCAGUGACUCUGAUUAAGCUCAUUGACUCAGAAUAAAAACCAAACAAAACAGCCUUCUGAUGAAAUUAAGAGUCAAUCAAAGUGCAAUUUGCAUC